AUGCAGUGAAUAUUCUGCCUCGAAGAGCCAACGUUGAUAAGGUCAAUUUUAAUAAAUUAAGAGCCUUGAACUGUCCCGUAGCCAGAAUCAAUGCUUACCAUGCAAUGGGUGGUCGUGAAGCAUCUAAAGCUGAUGUUAAUACUGCAAAAGUUAAUGAAUUAAUUGGAGUAAUUCAAGAAAUUUUGUUCGAAGAAGGCAAAGGUCCUCCUUGUCUUUCAAGCGUGAUUCUUAUAGAAUUUGACAAUUAUUCUG